AUGACAGCCAGACUUAACAAGAUCAUCGGGAACUAUAUACAUCUAGAUCAAACAGGGUUUAUCCCCAAUAGAGACAUCACAGAUAACACAAGAAAAGUCCUGAAUGUUAUCCAAUUUAGUCGUUAUAAGAAUUUGAAAUCUUCUUUCAUUUUAUCUAUAGAUUUUGAAAAGGCCUUUGAUAGUAUAGAAACAAGUUAUCUCAAACAUAUUAUGAAGCAUAUGAAUUUUGGCCCCAAAUUUUUAAAUUCGAUCUAUACCAUCUACCUAGCACCAUCAGCAUCUAUUCAAACUAAUAAUAUCUCCUCUGACAAUAUUAAACUUUCUAGAGGGACUAGGCAGGGCUGCCCUAUUUCCCCACUUUUGUUUGCCAUUGCCAUAGAACCUCUCGCAAAUGCCAUACGCCUGAAUACGAAAAUUGAAGGUAUUAACAUCAAAGGUAAAACAGUAGCUUGUGGUGAGUGGGGUGAAAUCAGGAAUAUGGCAUUGAAGAUAAAUAGGAGUAAUAUUUUUAAAUGUCUGAUACUCAUUUGGGUUGUCUUACCAUUUUCAGAUUUCCUGUUCAAGUUUUUGGUUAUUGGUAAUGCUGGAACUGGCAAAUCCUGUUUGCUUCAUCAAUUUAUUGAGAAGAAGUUCAAGGAUGACUCAAAUCACACAAUAGGAGUGGAGUUUGGUUCAAAGAUAAUAAAUGUUGGCGGUAAAUACGUAAAAUUACAGAUAUGGGAUACAGCUGGACAAGAACGAUUCAGGUCUGUAACACGAAGUUAUUACCGAGGUGCUGCAGGUGCCUUGCUCGUGUAUGACAUCACCAGCCGAGAAACCUACAAUGCGCUUACUAACUGGUUGACAGACGCAAGAAUGUUAGCAAGUCAGAAUAUUGUAAUAAUACUGUGUGGGAACAAAAAGGAUCUUGAUGGAGAUCGGGAAGUUACUUUCUUAGAAGCAUCUAGAUUUGCCCAAGAAAACGAGAUGAUGUUCUUGGAAACAAGUGCAUUGACAGGAGAGAACGUUGAAGAGGCCUUUGUACAGUGUGCCAGAAAAAUACUUAAUAAAAUUGAGUCAGGUGAACUAGAUCCAGAAAGGAUGGGCUCAGGUAUUCAGUAUGGGGAUGCUGCCUUGAGACAACUGAGAUCUCCAAGAAGAGCACAAGCGCAAAGUGUUCAAGAAUGUGGCUGUUAGACCGACUGACUAAACCACAAAGACAAAAGCUUUUGUUGCAAGUGAUGAUUGGAGAAACUGCCAUGACUUCACAGAGCUGCAGUUUUAGAACUUUUUUUAUUCAGUUAAGAGACCACUUAUAGUAUUUAAAAAUAAUACUGUGGAAUGGCAUACAGAAGUGUGCACAUGGCACAGCAAGACUGCAAAAAAGAAAAUCCAAUUCAGCAGACAACAUUAAGA